AUGGAGGAACGUCGCGCGACGAAGGAUGAGUUCAAGGUAGGCAUUCUCGCGAUCCUCCGCGUUGCUCGUUUCUCUUUACACACGCUCGUGUUUCUCUUCUUCUCUCGUCACAGUAUCUGACUGGAUUUGGCAACGAGUUCUCCAGCGAGGACGAACGUUGCCCCGGUGCUCUGCCCGUUGGCCAGAACAAUCCUCAACGAUGCUCGUACGGCCUCUACGCGGAACAGUUGUCUGGCACGUCGUUUACCGCUACGAUGGAAACCGUUCGACGUGCCGACCAGGCAAGCCGCCGAGGUAGAUUUCGUCCAAGGUCUGCACACGAUAUGCGGCGCGGGCGAUUGUCGCGCUCGCCAGGGUAUCGCCGUUCACGUGUACCUCUGCAACGCCUCCAUGAGGGACAGGGCUCUCUACAAUGCUGACGGAGAUUUUCUAAUUGUGCCCCAGUUGGGCGCGUUGCUGGUAACCACGGAGUUUGGCAAGAUCCGUUGCGAGCCGAACGAGAUAUGCGUGAUCCAGCAAGGUAUGCGAUUCAACGUCGCGGUCUCCGGCCCUUCCCGCGGCUACAUCUUGGAAGUGUUCGACGACCACUUUCAACUGCCCGAAUUGGGGCCAAUAGGAGCGAACGGCUUGGCGAAUCCGAGGGACUUUCAAACACCGGUCGCCUGUUACGAGGACCGUGAAACAGAUUACGAGAUCGUUUGCAAAUAUCACGGUAAAUUGUUCGCCGCGGAGCAAGGCCACAGCCCGUUCGACGUGGUAGCUUGGCAUGGAAACUACGUCCCGUUCAAAUACCACCUCGACAAAUUCAUGGUCGUUAAUACGGUUUCCUUCGAUCAUUGUGAUCCUUCGAUAUUCACCGUGUUGACGUGUCCCUCCGGGAAGGCUGGCACAGCAGCGGCCGAUUUUGUGAUAUUCCCACCACGGUGGUCCGUGCAGGAGCACACUUUUCGGCCGCCUUAUUAUCAUCGUAAGUGCGUAGAAAGUCGGCUGUUCGAUGCUCUUGCUCGCGAUAAACCAACGACGCGACGGAGAAAUUUCGAGAGCGAUCGAAAUCGUGGCCGCCGCUGCGGAUCCGCAUUAUAA